GAUAUUCGUUACCACUUUUAAAGUAUAAAAAUUAUGGACUUAAAAACGUUUGCUGACGACGACUUUGAUCCUAAACAGUGGAUUAAUAGAGCUUGGAGUUCUAGUGGUAAUCAAGAGAAAGAGGACUUUGUAACCAAUACAGUAACAAGAUUACAACUUUAUAUGAAGCAGCUGAGUAACUCAUUGGAUGAAACAACCACACAUAUAGUAACAUCAGUACCAAGGAUCUUGCAAGAUGCAUCCACGCUGCAAGUGGAAGGUACGUUAUUGCAGCAAAAGCUGUUAACCUUGGAAGACCAGGUGCAAGGUGUGGAGCGGCAGACAGGACAGUCUAUUGAAAGUCUGCAGAGGAUUGAUAGAUUGAAGAGUCGGCUUGAGACAGCAGCCUCAGCUCUCCGUGAGGCAGACAAAUGGGCGGCAUUAGCGUCCGCAUUGGAAGAUAUCUUGGAGACAGGUGUGCCAACUAGCGGGGACAAGUUGGCAGAGUUGGCGGAACAGGUGGCGGCAAUGACUGCUAGUCUUGAGGUACUAAGCGAUGCUCCUGACUAUGAAUACAAACGUGUCCAAUUAGAGACAUUGUAUAAUAGACUGGAGGCGGCUGUUAGUUCGCCGUUUAUUGACGCUCUCACGCAAAUGGAUGCUGAUCGAACUUCAUCAUACGUAAAUGUAUAUCGGGCGAUGCAACGCGGUCAGUCCGCGGCACGUUGUUGGAGGCGCGCUGCGGCUGCGCGUGCAGGAAGCGCAUGGCGACGCGAGCACACACACACUAUACGUGUGCUUGCCGCGACUGUACUUGACGAUGGAGAGAGACAGGUGGAAUGGUUAUCGUCAGUAUUAAAGUCAGAGACUCCUCUAGCGGAGAUAGUGAGGCUGUACACGGACUUAUUGCUGUCCCUAGAUCCCUCACCUACUAAGGUAGUCUUGGCUAAUUUUAAAUUAUGCCAAAACCCUGAAGAAGGUAUGGCUCUUUUAGAAGACUUGAAAAGAGACAUUGAUGAGUUUGUGUCAUGUAUUAGAGCUAUUAUAGAUGCCCCCAGAACAAAUAAAGAAACUCUUCCUACUAAUACUCUGAAAGAGUUAGGUCGUGCAGUGUACCAACCUCUCAGAGAAUUGAUGCCAAAGUACACAGACCUGCAAAUACAAUUAUUUCAAGCUAAUCUAAACGAUCAUCAAUUAAAACAGGAUGAACUUCUAGAACAUUCUAGAGCAUUGCUAAGUGUGGCAGAGCGUUGUGAGGUCUGGUUGAAUACAGCGUAUGCUAGAGGGAAGAAGAUAGCAGGCAAUGCUGUACAGCCUUACUACAUCCCUGCUGUUGAGGCACUAGCAUCAUCAAUCCUGUCGCUAAUAUCAUCACACAGUCGACGAAUAGAGACGCACUUCUUAUCCUCUGUAAGUUCGGGCCAAAGCGCCGGAGUGCUCAGUGAGAGCUUUCCAGCGGCACUCGCGUUAGAAGCUGCAGCAGCUGAGCUCCUGAGGGUACUGGCUGCUGGAUUGGAGGAAGGUGAAGACCCAGAUCAUCCUCUCCUGGACCUUAAGAGUUUACUUCUGGACGGUGAGGUAUCACCACCGCAGCUGACCUCAGUAUCCGGACUGCAGAGAGCCAGAGAACAACUCAGGUCACUCGCCAGAGCUGUUCUGAGGAACCCAGUGGAUGUACAACUUGAUAAAAUACCACAAUUGUCAGUUUGGCACAACAAUGAUGCGUUGUCAACGGAUUUGCCAGAUUUCGCUUUAUCUCCACAAGAAUAUAUUACAGAGAUUGGCCAAUAUUUAAUGACAUUACCACAACAUUUAGAAAUGCAUUUACCAGAGAAGCAAGCGCCAUGGCAGUUCUUGUCUGAGGUUUGUUCUCAUACAUGCGAAGUAUACGCGGAGAAAAUAUUAAAUGUAAGAAAUAUGGACGCUUUGGGUACUAAACGAUGCCUCACUGAUAUUGUAUAUUUGUCAAGUGUGGUAGAAGAUUUGGGUACUAGUAUUACACCAGCUCUAAAGAAUUUGGAGAAAUCUCUCCGAGCAGCUGCACCUGGUCAAACUGAAUAAUUCAUCAGCUCAUACUCCUCGCUGAGGGUCUCGGAGCCUAACCUUAGUUAGGCUAUAGUCAAAGCUUGCCCAGUGCAUGACUUCACAUAUAUCUUCUCAGAUGAAAGAUAAAUGUACCUGCAUAUUUAUGGAAAAACACAUUGGUACAUAGUGGGAUUUGAACCCUGGAUAUACAGAUUAGAAGUCAAUUGCUUAAUUCCAGAGCCAUCAACACUCUUGUUAGUUAGAUAGUUUGGAAACUA